AUGUUACGUGGACGCAAGAUGGUGUUGAAAGCCUCAUCAUUCAAUUACAGUUCCUAUGUGCAUCCUUCAAUGGACACUGAUUGCCAGGUAUCCGACAAGGCUCCUUCUGUCGAGGAUUCCAUACAGCAACAAUACAAUUACUCUCAGAUAUAUCUAUACAAGUUUACCCCUAAGGGUCGUUUGACAAAUCAACUUCCAAGUAACUGUCUACCAUGGGCUAUAAUGUCAUUUUCUUGCCAAACUACAGUUAAACAACUCAUAUUCAGUCCAGAGAAAGUAAAACAACCCCUGAAAAAGAAAUAUGGUGAAGAAAUUUUAUGUUCAAAAAAGGAGAGUGCAGGAUCUGUUCCUGCAGGGAAAGCUGUUUCUGCAAAAAAAGCUGGUGGGAAAGGUGCCUCAGGUAAACCUAAGAAAACUGAUUCUACAGAUUGUAAAACACAGAACCCAAAGAGGAAUCUAAGUAAAGAGGUGGAAGCAAAACAGUACAUUGAAGGUAAAAUGUUAACGCUGUCUGAAAGAUGGGCCCAAACUAAGCGAAGCAAAUUCCAAACAAUUGCUGAUAACUGGACAAAGAAAAGGUCUUUUGAAAGUGGCUCUUCUGGCACCUUGUCACCAAGAUUUGAUGAGGGUGAAUCUAACAAUCAAGGUAAAAACAUAACAGACAAGGGAAAAAUUGGAGCAGGUAUAAGUAGCACUGAUAAGUUUGUUGACAGUUUAGGAGCAGUACUCAGUGCUAAACAGAAGGUGAUGGAAACAUGGGCAGGGUGUAAACCAAGCAAUAACCUAAUAACCCCUGAAAAAACGGUACAGAAAAAAACCUGUGAAAUUGAAUCUUCUGUCAAUUCACUAGUAGCUGAAAGUAAACCCGCCACUGAGGGUGAGAAAAUCAAAUGUGUAACUGGUAUAAGAUGUACUAGGCCUGAUACAGUAACCACCAAUAUAAAUAGUGACAGUUUAGGGACAACAGCGAGUGAUAAACAGGAAAUCAUUGGAAAAUGUUUCCAGACUGAAUCAAAUAACUCCCAAAAAGUUCCUGAAGCAAGAACAAAAAAUAACUAUGAACAGGAUCCCUGCAAUGAAAUUUACUCAAAUUUUGAUUAUUGUGGAGGAUUUAUCCCCCCAGAGGACAAUGUGUCAGAUAACAGAGGAUAUUUUGAAGCUAGUUUGAACAUAGUCUGUUCUGAUGUCUUUGCAAGUAUUGGUGGUAACAGUAAUCAGGGAGUAAUGACAGUUGAUGAUCAGAGAUUCAAUAGAAGUUAUUUACCAGUGCAUGAAUACAAGAGUGAAAUUCAUGCUUCAGGCGAAAUAAUGGAUACACAACCAAGAACGAGUUUUAAGUUGAAGAAACUUGAAGAUGAGAUCUUGGAAAAUCAAAAGAGGUUGAAGCAAGUUAGAGCGCUGAGGUUUAACAAAGGAUUACAUGCACUUGAGUCUACACAUGAGUCUACAAGUAAUGUGUCACAAAAUCUGAUUCAAAAGCCUUAUGUAACUAGUGGCUUUAACAAUCCUGUUCAGAAAGGUUUCCCCAGUGAAGUUUAUAUGAAUACAGAGAAAUUUGUAUCGAAUGAUCACAGGCAGUUAAACAGGCAGCCAUAUUAUGAAUCUAUGAGAAAAGAUGGUGGUUUUGAGACAAACAGUGGUCAAGCAGGAAAUAGUUUUGAUGAAAAUAGAAACGAUCUUGUUUCUGUUAAGUCAUGCAACCGAACAGAUGCUAAACGAAAACCAAGUACACUGAAGAGAGAAGACUUUGGAAUUGCAGCAGAAGUUAAUAAAAAACAUGUCAAAAUGACUGCCAGUAAUAUCAACACAUUUGACAACCAAAGCUAUCCAUCUUAUCAGAGUAAUCCCAAUCUUGCUGUAAAUAAACAUUUGGCCGCUAUUGCUGCAUGCAACAAAGUGUCUGAAUGGCUUUCAAUGUCAUCUUCAGUGGAGACUGACUGUAUUCAACCAUUGCACCAGGAGCAUUCACAGCCUAAUCCAUUUGUAGAAGGUACUAUUGACACUUCAGAAGACAUGAAACUAAGAGAUAUGGAUCUUGCUAGUGAUCACUCUAGUGAUAAUGUGUUGUCAGAGUCUUCUAAAGCCUUGACUAUAAAGAAUCUUCAGUCACAGUUACCAUUAGCAUCAUCCAGUCGAAUGGCCCAGGCAAUAAGAGAUGCUAUUGACUUGUUAUCUUCUAUGUCAAAGCCAAAGAAAGCUGAAGAACCUACAGGACAAGUACCCAUGCAUCAUUCUAGAGACCCAAGAUUGUUUGGGCAAUCAAAGAGAGGUCCUGCAUUGAAGGAAUCUCCUGUUUCAAAGCCAAAACCCACAUUGUGUGGAAGGAAUUUAAGUGAAUCUCAAGAAAUACCUCAAGUAAUCCCACUAGAUUAUGUAGGAAAUGAAGCUCUGAUAGAUCCUAGAAUUGAAUUCUAUGAAAAGCAGAAGCGAUUUAUUAUCGGCGUCAAACGCAAAGCAAAGCGUGGAAAUAAUGGUAAACCAUUAAAAAUUCCUAGUAAGUGCGCAUCACCUAGUUGUGAAGGCUUAAAUAAACAAGCCCCUUCUAAUACACAGAAACAACAAGAAAAGCUUCCAAGCAAAAAUCAUAUCAGUCAGGAAGUUGAAAAUGUACAUUUCGGUCCUGGAGACGUCAAGGGUGGGUUUAAUUGUCCUGAUAAUGCCCUUAAGCAUGAUAUUAAUGCAAAGGCUACAAAAACUACUAGAUUAGGUUACUGGCCAGAAGAAAAGAAAUAUGCUGAUAAUAAUGUACCCGGGCUAAACAAAGUACGCAAAACUAGAUGGUCACCGGCAGAUAAUAAUACUUGUUCAUCGAUUAGCAAGAUAAAACAAAAAUCCACCAUAAUGGCUUACCAGCAAGAUAACGCAAAUUUUCAGGCUUCAGCAGGCAACCAUGGGAAUCAAAUUGAUAAUGUUGGAAUUUAUGAUAAUCAGAAAACAAAUGUAGAGCUGCAUGAAUGGAACAAUACAAUUGUUCAGAAGGAAGUUGUAUCUAAUCAGUCUUCAACAGGAACUCCUCGCAGAAAGGCCUUAAUUCAAGAAUAUCAAAAGAUAGAGCAGCAAAUAAAUGACUUGGAAGCCUCCAAAGGCAAGUUACAAGUGAGGGAUUCCCAAGAUAGUGAGAAAAUACCAAAAGGAUGCAAUACCGCAAAAGAAUUAGAAACCAUUGAAUUGAAACUGGUGAUGCUGCAGAAUGUAAGGCAGGCCAUGAAAACUACAAUACAAAGUGGAUGGCAUUCAGAGAAUGAAUCAGUUGGACAUGGCAAUCCUAAUACUGGGGAAUGGCAACAGAGACAACCCUUGCUUCCCCUUCCAAAAUCAACAGCCAGGCCUGCUGAGAGUAUGCAGAUGAUGUCAGAUCAGAACACAUUCCACGGCUCUUUGGUUCCUAUUUCAAGUUCAACAGCACAUUUUAGAUCAGAAGGAAAGCAGAUGGUACUUGGUCAGAAUACAUCCCAAACCUCUUUGCUUCCUCUACCAAGAUCGACAGAAUAUGGCGGACAAGCAGAUAGUAUGCAAAUGGGACCCGGUCAGAACACAUUCCAAACCUCGUUGCUUCCUUUGCCGAGAUCAACAGAAUAUAGGAGACAAGAAGAUAGUAUGCAAAUGUUAUCUGGCCAGAACGUUGUAACAGAAAUGAAGAUGAUGCAGCAUAGCUUAUUUGGAGGAGCUCCUUGUCAUUCAAGCUGGAAUGUGAAUGGCAAAAUAGAUCUGAACCGAGGGGCAGUUGAUCAGAGAAAAGAUAUUGGACCACAGGAGACAAUCUUGACAAGUCAAUUUGCACAAACAUCAAAUACAGUGUCUAAAAUUAAGAGUGUUAUUGGCAAUGCAGGUUCGGAGGGGAAUGCUUCUUUGUUUAACAUUACAGAGGCUUAUGGUUCUGUGGGUGGUGAUUCAUCACUGGAUUCAAAUGAUUACACUCAAUCUGGUGCCCCAAAAGAACCAGGCACACCUUGCAAAGAUGAAAUAACAUGGCAUGAUGAAGCUAAUGCGAUUGUUCACAAAAAUGAACAAGAAAAUGAACAAUCGAGCUGGGGAAGUGACUACAAUGAUGGUAAGAGAAAAUACUCAGAAAUUGAGAAUGCAGAAAUGAUAUACCAGCAUGAUAAUCACCAGAGUAAGCGCUACAAAAAUGAUUCAUCUACAUCUUGUAUGAACCUAAACCUGUAUAGUAAGGAACAUCAGAGUAGUGUACAAGAGCAAACAUCAGAUGACAGAAGAAUGUUUGUGGGUCCCACUUGUGUGGAUAAUUAUUCACCCCAUCAAGUCAGAAGAAGCCUUUUGGAAGAAUACGGACAUGAUUCUAUAAGGUCUAAUAGGAGAGUACAUCAGUCAACAUCAAUGUCUAUGCUUUCUACACAUCCCGGCCAAAGUCACUCAUAUAACAUUUCUUCUCUUCAACCUAAGAGAGGUGUAUUCCAGUCAUCAUUAAAUUCACUAGCUUCAACUUACUGCAAACAAGGUGUGCCUUCCUCAUCAGAAAGACCAAGCAUAUCCCCAUUAAACAAAUCAGAUGGGUACUCUCACAGAAGCAAUUAUGUUGGUAAUAAUUGGAAUAUAUCCACGCAUGUCACAAAACCUGAUACAGCAAAAGGAGACGUUAAUAGAAUUCUGCCAGUAAUCGGAAAUAUCAGAACACUCCAUAAGGGGAAAGAUGAGCCGAGGCAAGGGAGUUUUCAGGUUCACGGUUCUGACAUGGGUAAAGGACAGUUCAGUGGUUACCAGAAAGAUUCUGUUUAUGAUGCAAGGUGGAGGGAUGGUCAAGUUGAUUGGGGCCAAGACCAGAGACAAGAACGACAAAGAUCUGAUAGUCAGCAGUUUGAUUAUAAAAUGAAUGAUGGAUACAGCAGACAAUGGUGA